CCCAACUCUUGCUGAAUCCCACUCCUCUGACCCGCAGUCAUUCUGGGAGAAGACCACCCGGCAAACACGCAAUGACUUGCAGCAUCGACGGGGUCGAGCGGUUCGACAGUCCGGGAAAAGGACGAGGACUGCGCGUCACCAGACCAUUCAAAGUUGGCGAGCUCCUCUUUUCAAGCCCGGCGUACUCCUACGUCCUGUCGGUCGACGAGAGGGGCCGCUGCUGCGAGUUCUGCUUCACCAGGAAAGAGGGGCUGGCAAGAUGUGGGAAGUGCAAGGGAGCUUUUUACUGCAAUGUGAAAUGCCAGAAAGGAGACUGGGCCAUGCACAAGCUGGAGUGCUCAGCAAUGAUUGCCUUCGGAGAGAAGUGGUGUCCAUCAGAGACGUCCCGCCUCGUGGCCCGCAUCCUCGCCAAGAAGAAAGUGCAGAAAGAGCGAUGUGUUUCUGAGAAGUUACUUCCCAUUGGAGAGAUCCAGUCACAUUUGGAGGAUGAAGAUAAUGAGAAAAGAGAGAGGAAUGAGCACGAUGUGGCGGGACUUUAUCGCUUUUACUCUAAACAUUUCGACAUGCCUGACCACAAAGAUCUGUGUACACUUUUGUCCCAGGUUUCCUGUAACGGUUUCACGAUAGAAGAUGAUGAACUUUCCCACAUGGGCACUGCAGUCUAUCCAGAUGUGGCGCUAAUAAACCACAGCUGUCUUCCCAGCGUCAUAGUCACGUAUAACGGGACAUCAGCCGAGGUUCGGGCUGUGAAGGACAUGAAGCGCGGAGACGAAGUUCUCAUCAGCUACAUAGACCUUCUCUAUCCAACAGAUGACCGCAACAACAGGCUGAGAGAGUCCUACUACUUCAGCUGCAGCUGCUUGGAAUGCAACAGCAAGUCCAAAGACAAGGCAAAGUUGAAGGUCCGUAAGCAGAGCGACCCCAUCGAGCCGCACGUCCUGAGCAACAUGGUGCGCUAUGCCAAGAAGACUAUCAGAGAGUUUCGAGCCCUCAAGCAUGUUAAAGCUCCCGAGGAGUUGCUGGAGAUGUGCCAGCAGAGCUUGGAGGAGAUGGGAACUGUCUUUGCUGACUCCAAUGUAUACGUCCUCCACAUGACGUACCAGGCCAUGGGGGUUUGCAUCUACAUGCAGGACGCAGACGGAGCCAUCCAAUACGGCUCGAGGAUCACCGGACCUUACAGCAAGCUGUACCCUCCGUACUCCUUAAACGUGUCCUCCAUGUACCUGAAGAUGGGUCGGAUCCUGAUGAACGUGGGGAGGCCAUCGGAGGGAAUCCGCGCUCUCAAGAAGGCGUUGGCUAUAAUGGAGGUGGCUCAUGGGAAGGAUCACCACUACCUUACAGAUCUGCGCAAAGAAAUAGCACAAAAAUGAAGAGAGCAGACAGAUCAACACAGCUAUCGCCAGCAGACUGCAAAUCAGUGGCGGCUGGUCAGUAGAGGGCGCUAGGGCACCGCCCACAUCAAAUCAAGAGAAGACGAAUAAAAGAAAAAGAAAAUAAAAAACAUGCUGUAAGAUGCAUAUAAUUAAAUAAAAGGUAAUCAUUUACAAGGUAUAUUGCGCACCCCCAAAAAUGUUUUGCACCAGCCGCCACUGCUGCAAACUGGACGUUUUAAUACUUUGUUACUGUGAAAACAAGUAUGUUUUUAUGCAAAUUGUUGUUUUUUUCAGAUAAAUACUUUUGUUACCUGCAAGCAUAAGUAGUUGUUGGUAUUUGUGAGAAUUUUCUAAAAUGAGCUUUUUUUUAAAAAAAAAAAAGAAAAUGUUCUCAAUAAGCCUUUUGACAAAUAAAUGUAUUUUUUGUGAUCAUCA